AUGAUUAUCUUUGCAAAAUCCAUUGGCAUUGUGGAUUUAAACUUGGCAGAGGUUAGAGCAGUGAAGGAAGCGAUGAUGAUAUUCGCGGUUUCAAGGUCGAAUGAUGGUCACAAACUUGUUAUUGAAAGUGAUUCGAGUAAUGUGGUAAAAUGGAUUUGGUCACCGCUUAGUGCGCCUUGGAGGAUGCUUGUGCUGUUUGAUUUCCUUGCUGCGCUUUGGUCAGAAAUCAUUGACUUUGAUGUAAAGCUUGCGCAUUUUGCAAACCAGGAGCAGCAUGCAAAGGAUGAGCAUAUUGCCCCCUUGCUUGAGCAGAUAUCAAAGUUGGAGGAAGCUCUUUACAACAUCCAAUUCGAACAGCACUGGAUAGAGGCUCAGACUGACCGACAGGCAAUAGUGAAUGAUAGCAUGGGUCGUCGAGCAAUUCACAAGGCAAUGCUUGAAUCAGCUGCACUUAUUGGGGCUAGCACCCUUCAAGUUUACCUUCUGAGACGAUUAUUCGAACGAAAACUUGGAACAUCCAGAGUCUAGCCAUGGGUGUUUAUUGAUUAUGUUACUCCAAGCUGGAAGUUCGUCUGAUCUGUGGUUUAACUAGCAGCAGUUGUGUACCAAAUUUGACCACGACUAUGACAGUGCCUGCCCUCCAUCUGAUUUAGGACCUUGCGUAGAGAAGGUUUACAGGGAGUAAUUCAAUGUUGUGGCAUCAGAAGCCAAGGUUGUUUUUUGGAAGGUGGCUCAUUUUUGUGGCACCAAAUUAUCUUAUUCAUUCUGAGUGGAACACAUCAGUAUUGAUUUUUUUCAGCAA